AUGCCUGAAAAGCAGAGAUUGGAUAUGAAGACUUUCUGUGGUGCCUUAUUCUCCCCUGAUGGCUUGCCACGGAUGUUACUCGUUGGGGAGACCAUGAGCCAGAGCUUUUCAGUCCCAAAAACGGACUUCUCAUCUCAAAACACAUCCACGCAGAAUUUGGGAACCGGCCUGUUCGUCAUUGUUCCAGAACUGCCUGAAAACCCAGCAACUGAGGCGAGAAUUGAGUGGCACCGGAGCGGGCUAAAAGAGUAUAAGCUGAAGAGCAUUGACUACGAUCCGACGAGACUUAACCGGAUGAUCCCAGACGUCAAUGUACUGUGGAGGGAGCUAGAUGGGAAAAACCUCAAAUUCAGGAAUGACUACCGCAGCCAACCUGGCCCCGGUGUGAUCAUCCACCAUGUGGCGCCGAAGUCAAAUCAGACAUCCAUCCUUGAACAGACAUCAAUUUCUGACUCUCGAGUCCCUGCCACCUGGCCCAUCUUUUAUGCAAGUUCCACCAAUCAAAAACCGGAUCUUCGCAUGCUUGUCCACGCUACUUCGAACCGUUUGCAUUUUUUCGAAUCUUGA